AUGGCCGAGGAUUUGACACAACAGCUUUGGAAGGACAUCACAGACGGCGCGUGUUUCUCACUGCAAUCGGACGAGUCUACGGACGGAAGUGAUACAGCCCAGUUGUGCGUUUUUAUUCGGAUGUUGUUUACAGACAGGACUGCAGAAGAAGAGUUGUUAACGAUGCUGCCCAUGAAAGAAGACACGCGGGGAGAGGACAUUUUUCAGUCUUGUAAAGACUUCAUUGACGAAACCCAGCUCCCAGUGUGCAAACUGAUAUCAGCCACCACGGACGAGAGACCAAAAGCCGUUCUGACUCUGCAGCCUGAUGGACAGAUAUUCAGUGGACAGGAAGUCACUUUCACAUGUGAAAUACGAGGACAUGCAGACACUGAGUGGAUGUACAACUGGAAUAAAGAUGGUGUCCAAAUAUCCUCCUACACUGAGAGCAGGAAAUAUUCAUUCACUGCUGUAGAGUCUCUCAGCGCUAAAUACACCUGCAGCGGACGGAGAAGAAGCGACUCUCAGACCUCAGAGACCAGCAACACUGCUACACUCACUGUGUCAGAAUAUCAUCAUCAUUUCAUAUCAACAGAAAAACCCAAACCGACUGUGAGAGUGAAUCCUCAGAGCUCCGUCUACACUGGAGACAGAGUUACUCUGAACUGUAAUCUGCUGUCUAAUGGAUGGACUUUUCUCUGGUACAAAGAUCGAGUCCAAGUAGCUGAAGACACCAACACACUCCAUGAUACAGUCUCUAAUGCAGGAGGAACAGUGUAUCAGUGUAAAGCACGCAGAGGAAACUACGACUCAGAGCUCAGUGAUACAGUUACAGUUACAGUUAGAGCGCUCCCAAAACCUGUGGUGUCCAUAAAUCCUGAUGAACAGGUGUACAGAGGAGAGACUGUCACUCUCAGAUGUGACAUACAGGAUGAAGAGGACUCUGACUGGAUCUACAGCUGGAAUAAAGAUGGUUCUGGUGUCAGUAGUGAACAGGAGUACAGAAUCAGUAGUGCUGAAACAUCUCAUGCAGGUAAAUACACCUGUAGAGGAAGAGAGAGAGGAGGCUCACACUCCUCACACACCAGUGAUGCUGUUACACUGACUGUAUCAGGUGAGUGUGAUCAUCUCCUCAGUACUCAUUAACCUCAGGUUCACCUCAGCACUCAGUACUGGUGUAGAUUAGAGCUGCACAGGUUUAUCUAAUAAUAAAUAAUGCUAAUGGAAAAAUACAGUAUCUUACAAAAGUGAGUACACCCCUCACAUUUUUGUAAAUAUUUGAUUAUAUCUUUUCAUGUGCCAACACUGAAGAAAUGACACUGUGCUACAAUGUAAAGUAGUGAGUGUACAGCUUGUGUAACAGUGUAAAUUUGCUGUCCCCUCAAAAUAACUCAACACACAACCAUUAAUGUCUAAACCGCUGGCAACAAAAGUGACUACACCCCUAAGUGAAAAUGUCCAAAUUGGGCCCAAUUAGCCAUUUUCCUUCCCCAGUGUCAUGUAACUUGUUAGUGUUACAAGGUCUCAGGUGUGACUGGGGAGCAGGUGUGUCAAAUUUGGUGUCAUCGCUCUCACACUCCCUCAAACUGGUCACUGGAAGUUCAACAUGGCACCUCAUGGAAAAGAACUCUCUGAGGAUCUGAAAAAAAGAAUUGUUGCGGUACAUAAAGAUGGCCUAGGCUAUAAGAAGAUUGCCAAGACCCUGACACUGAGCUGCAGCACGGUGGCCAAGACAAUACAGCGGUUUAACAGGACAGGUUCCACUCAGAACAGGCCUCGCCAUGGUCGACCAAAGAAGUUGAGUGCACGUGCUCAGCGUCAUAUCCAGAGGUUGUUUUUGGGAAAUAGACGUAUGAGUGCUGCCGGCAUUGCUGCAGAGGUUGAAGGGGUGGGAGGUCAGCCUGUCAGUGCUCAGACCAUACGCCGCACACUGCAUCAAAUUGGUCUGCAUGGCUGUCGUCCCAGAAGGAAGCCUCUUCUAAAGAUGAUGCACAAGAAAGCCCACAAACAGUUUGCUGAAGACAAGCAGACUAAGCACAUGGAUUACUGGAACCAUGUCCUGUGGUCUGAUGAGACCAAGAUAAACUUAUUUGGUUCAGAUGGUGUCAAUCGUGUGUGGCAGCAACCAGGUGAGGAGUACAAAGACAAGUGUGUCUUGCCUACAGUCAAGCAUGGUGGUGUGAGUGUCAUGGUCUGGGGCUGCGUGAGUGCUGCCGGCACUGGGGAGCUACAGUUCACUGAGGGAACCAUGAAUGCCAACAUGUACUGUGACAUACUGAAGCAGAGCAUGAUCCCCUCCCUUCGGGGACUGGGCCGCAGGGCAGUAUUCCAGCAUGAUAACAACCCCAAACACACCUUCAAGACCACCACUGCCUUGCUAAACAAGUUGAGGGUGAAGGUGAUGGACUGGCCAAGCAUGUCUCCAGACCUAAACCCUUUUGAGCAUCUGUGGGGCAUCCUCAAAUGGAAGGUGGAGGAGCACAAGGUCUCUAACAUCCACCAGCUCCGUGAUGUCAUCAUGGAGGAGUGGAGGAGGAUUCCAGUGGCAACCUGUGAAGCUCUGGUGAACUCCAUGCCCAAGAGGGUUAAGACUGUGCUGGACAACACAAAAUAUUGACACUUUUGGCCCAAUUUGUAUCCAAUACACGUAUAUAAUAUGUAUAAACUGCAUCAUCACUAAUCACUUGGGUAUAUAGCAGUUAAUAGAAGUAGAACUGUAUAUUAUUGAAGUGUGUUUGUAUCUGGGAUGUUAAAAUUGUUUCUGUAGAGAUUCCUAUAUCUGUGGUGACCAUAAAGCCUGAUAAACAUGUGUUCAAAGGAGAGACUGUGACUCCUAUUACUAAUAAUAAUAAGAGGAAGAAGGAGUACACAAAUACAUUAAAUUUCUGUAGCACGUAGCACCUAACACUCAAACUGACUGUUAAAAAAAAAAAAAAAAAAAAAAAAAAAAAACAGUAGUAAAAUGACUAGCAGGAAGAAAAAAAAAAUGGAAAACUGUUGGUACAAAGCAUGUGUUUUGAGUUCAUGGACGUGCAGUUAAAGGCCUGGUGGUGGAUUAUGGCAUUGAAUAUACUGCCCAUUCUUGUCAGUCUGCUCGUUAGGAGCCGCUAGUAGAUCAGUACUGGUGGAUCUAAGACUCCAGGGUGUAGAGUGCUACAGCGAGGCCAUGUACUGUGUGAGAAUUAAGAGUGUGUUUGAUUCUCUGUGAGAUGGGUAACCAGUGUUCAUGAUAGAGUACACAUUUAAUGUGUGUUUGGUAUGAGUAAAGACUAUAGCAAACAUAUUUUCAAACAUGUUGAAGUUGAUUAGGAGUUAUACCAGAAAUGAGAAUGAAGAGAUCUUCAAAAAUCUAACUGUGAAACUCAUGCAGCAAAAAUUCCACAUCUUUCAAACUAAGUAAGGGUCAUGCAGAGCUGAUAAAGAGAUUGUUGUGAGUGACUUAAUGCAGAGUUCAAAUGAAACUGUGUUUUCAAAAAUGAUAAAUAUUUUUUUACAUUUGUAGAAGGUUUAACGUUAAUGCCAUCAAUAUCUACUGAAUAUCUGGAAUUUUAAAACAAAGGAGUUUUGGGUGCAAAUAAAAUGUCUGUUUUAUCAGAGUUCAAUUUAAGAACGUUGGAGUCCAUCCAUUAUUCUAGAUCAUGAAUGUAUACAGUUAAUGAUGUGGAAGACAUAGCUCAUGAUCAGAUAAAUCAGUGUUAUCUGCUUAACAGUGGAAACUCAGAUGUUUUUGAAUGAUCUGAGCAAGUGGCUGCAUAUACUGUACCUGUAGUUAAAAGGAGGGGGCCAAGGAUUGAUCAUUGAGGGAUACCUUGUGUGUCAGGGACAGGACAAAAAAAGGAAACAUGAUCCAAGCUAGAAAUACUGAUGGAGGAAAGGCACCAGCAUCAGCAGAAAGGAGUAGAUUAUGAGUGACUCCUUGAAGAGCAGUCUCAGUAGGGAAUGUGGAUCUGAUUAGAAAGGCUCAGAGAGAUUGCUGGUAAACACUCUUUAAAACAGUUUGGACAGAAAUGGAGAAUUAGAAAUUGGGCUAUUAUUAGUGACCGCAGGUUUUUUAUCAUUUGUGUCUUUUUCUUUCCUCCGUCUCAGGUUCAA